AUGGCAUGCAUACAAUCAACGGUCUCAACACAUCAAGCAAGGCUUCUCAUCGAUCAAGGAUCUGAGCUCACAUUCAUCACGGAGGAUCUCGUCAGACAACUCAACAUACAACGUCGACACGCAACUGUCUCAAUCAUUGGCAUUGGAGCCAGGAAAACGACUAGGACCAAGGGCGUGGUGACGCUCACGCUUCACUCCUAUCAUUCUAAGCAUACUGUCAUUAUUCAAGCCCACGUCCUCAAAACACUAACGACCAUUCUACCAUCUUUUACAGCACCUCAACAAACGUGGCCACACAUAGAACCUCUGACAUUGGCAGAUCCACAGUUCCUCACGCCACGCUCAAUCGACAUUAUCAUUGGAGCUGAUGCAUACGGGCAGAUUAUCAAGCCUAACAUCAUUAAACGAUCUCCUGACAUGCCAAUCGCUCAACUCUCAAUAUUUGGUUGGCUAGUGCUUGGUCCAGUCAGCUUGUCACCAUUACAAAUGUCGACUGCGCAUCACAUCAAGGUUAAACAGUACGAUCUCAAUCUUCAAGAAUUGCUGACAAGGUUCUGGGUGCAAGAAGAGCUACCAACUGAUGCAGCAGACCAGCUUACCUUGGAAGAACAACAAUGUGAAGAUCAUUACAAGGCCACACACUCUAGAGAUCCAACGGGACGAUACAUUGUACGCAUCCCGCUCAAGCUUCCAACCAGUUUCUUAGGGAAUUCACACAAUACUGCUCACCAUUGUCUCCAGCGCAUUCUCAGACGACUCAACAAGGACAAGGAAUAUCAGAGCCUCUACACCAAAUUCAUGAGCGAGUAUGAACAACUCAAGCACAUGGUGAAAGUUGGAUCACAACCAUCAUCCGAUGUUCCGCCAUAUUAUUUGCCUCACCAUGGUGUGCUCAAACCCGACAGUAUAACAAAACUGCGGGUUGUCUUUAAUGGCUCAAGUCCGACCUCAUCAGGAUUAUCUGUGAACGAUCUCAUGCACACUGGUGCAAAUCUAUUGCUCAAUGUUUCAGACGUUCUCUUGUGGAUUCGUAGUUACAGGUACAUCUUUGCCACAGACAUAACAAAGAUGUAUCGACAAAUCAAGGUACACCACUCAGACUGGGAUCUGCAGCGCAUUCUGUGGAUCGACGAGCAUCACAAUGAAACAUCAUAUCAUCUCACCACGGUCACUUAUGGAACGAAGGCUGCUCCAUUUCUCGCAGUGAGGACACUCAUGCAACUGGCCGAAGAUGAAGGCCAUCGAUUUCCACUGGCAGUGCCAUCACUCACUCGUGGGAGGUACGUGGAUGAUAUUUUUGGUGGUGGUGACACAGGAGAACAGCUCAUAGAAAUUGCUCAUCAAUUAGAAGAUCUCUGCCAGGCGGGCGGAUUUCCUCUUGCCAAUUGGCACUCCAAUCAUCCAGAAUUGUUAAACGCCAUCUCAUUGACAGUCUCGAUCAACUCACCAGUCUCACUUGACGAUUGCGCAACCAAAAUUCUCGGAUUAAAGUGGCUGCCUCAAGAAGAUGUUUUUACAUUCUCAACAAGCUCAAUUCCUCACCAAGAACAGCUCACCAAGCGACGUGUACUAUCUGAAGUGGCACAGAUAUUUGAUCCACUUGGUUUUGUCUCACCAAUCGUAAUACGAGCCAAGAUGCUUUUUCAAGAACUCUGGCUCCACAAGAUCAACUGGGAUGAACCGUUACCAUCUCAAGUUGUCUCAAGGUGGCUCAACAUCAGAAAAGAUCUCACAAGCCUGGCCAGGCUCUCAAUUCCACGCUGGUUCAACACAAGCAGUGACUCAACGGUUGAACUACAUGGCUUUUCUGAUGCAUCUCAAUUUGCCAUGGCUGCAGUCGUAUACAUGGUCGUGCACACGCCGUCCAAGGGCGCCAAAACUUCUCUCAUAUGCUCAAGAACAAAGGUAUCCAUUGAAGAGGCUCACUAUCUCAAGGCUAGAACUCACAGCAGCGCUGCUUCUUUCAAAAUUGGUGAAAUAUGUCCAUGCCACACUCAAAAUGGACAUCAAGGAAACAUAUCUAUGGACGGACUCUCAAGUGACGCUCACAUGGAUCAAAACACACUCAUCUCGAUGGAAGGAUUAUGUGCGCAACAGGGUACAAUCAAUCCUGCUGACUGUGCAUCUCGUGGUGUAACAACAGCUCAACUUGAAGAUCAUACCUUGUGGUGGGCAGGACCACCAUGGUUGGCUCAACCGAAAGAUCGCUGGCCCGCUCAGCCAACGUGCUCGGACGAGCAGUGUACAACAGAAUCGCGCCCAGGAGUGUCACUCUUCACAACUAACAUGAAGGUGGAUUACGACUGGGAUCUCAUCUACAAGUAUUCAUCGCUCAAUCGACUGCUCAGAAUCACAGCUCUCUGUCAGGUAUUUAUUCGACGAUUGAGAAAUCGACACGAUGGCCCUCAAGCCUCACACAUCUCAGUCGCUGACUUAGAGCAAGUUAAGAUCUUUUGGAUCAAGGUUACACAAUCAACAUUUUUUGCACAUGAGCUGAAGAUGCUCAGCUCACAAUCACGUCUAGCAACUUCUCAUCCAUUCAGUCGUCUCACAGCAUUUAUUGAUCAUCAAGGAGUUGCUCGUGUGGGAGGACGACUCAAGAAUUCCACCCUCAAUUAUGAAGGCAAACACCCUGCAAUACUCCCUCGCCAUUCGAGAUUGUCUGAAUUAAUCAUCAGCUGGUCCCACCAACGGACACUACAUGGAGGAACGCAACUCACCUUGGCGCAUAUCAGGCAAUCAUAUUGGAUCAUCGGUGGACGUGCUCCAGUAAAAUCUCACAUCUUGCGGGAAGAGGAGCCAAAACUCAAAGGAUGGAUUUGUGUAUUUGUCUGUCUCACCACAUCUGCAGUUCAUUUAGAAGUUGUUUCAGACUACUCAACGGAUGGAUUCAUCUCAACGUACAGAAGAUUUGUCUCAAGAAGAGGCAUCCCUCAUUCACUGUACUCUGACUGUGGCACAAACUUUGUCGGAGUAGAGAAAUCACUCCAGACAUUGUUCACAGAGAGUUCUCAAGAUAACCGGCGCAUCUCAUCUCUGCUUGCUCAAGAUCGCACUCAAUGGAUUUUUAAUCCACCAGCUGCUCCACACAUGGGUGGCAAAUGGGAAGCAGUGAUUGAAGCGAUCUUGAACUCACGACCUCUCGAACCACUCAGCGACGACUCAGAUGACAUCUCAGCGCUCACCCCAGGACAUUUUCUCAUCGGAAGUGCUCUCACAUCAGUACCGGAGCCGUCACUGAAGGACUUAGCCACCUCAAGGUUAUCCCGAUGGCAAUUCAUACAACAGCGAGUACAGCAAUUUUGGUCUCAAUGGUCAGCUCAAUAUCUGCAACGACAACAAGCAAUCUCGAAGUGGCAUCACCCAUCCAACGACAUACAAGUGGGCUCAUUGGUUCUCAUCACCGACGAGAGGCUCCCGCCAUGUAAGUGGCCAUUAGCCAGAGUCUCCACCCUGAUGCCAGCCAAGGACGGACUCACCCGCGUGGUGACCCUGAAGACACCCACAACGACGCUCACCCGACCAAUCACCAAGCUGGCACCGCUGCCCAUUGCUCAUCAAGGCCAAGCUCAACAUCCGUAG